UUUUAUCUCAAUAAGGAAUCUGUUAAACUUAAGUGGUUUAUGUUUUUUGUAAAAGUUGAUAAAGAGGAUAUUAACAUUGAACUUUGAGGAAGUACAUGUAUAACACAACAGAAUGACUCCCUUGCUGUUUAAAGAUGCCUUUUGGGUAAGUUACCAUCUGCUACCAUUGUCUGUUGAUAUGCUGCUUUGGUGUGUGUCUUGAUCGAAAUAUAUACAGUACAUAACUACAUAGGCUACUGAUAACUCAUUUAAAAUCUCACUGUCCAGAAAUAUUUGUAUUUUGUUGAUUCUCAACCAUUUACAGACAAGAAAGUGUAGUGAGCCUUUUAAAGCAAACAUGUAUUAGGUUUCUAAAAUAUGACAAUUGUCUGACAGAAUAUGAUGUCCACAGUAAUAACAUGCAAAUGAAAUUAGGAACUGAACUGAGUGCUGUGGGAAAGCUGGAAGGUCUGGGUUCAACUCUUACUGAUAACCCCCUGGAUAUGCACUGUAGGUGAUUGAACCAUUUCACCACAAUUUCCACAUUUUUAUCUGGUAUUUUCUGUUGUAUGUGAGGUAUCAUAGUAUAUUGGCACAGGUGUCCCCUGAGGCGUUGGUUGCUAUGGCUCCCUUCCUGCUCAUGGUGGUUACGGAUUUAGCCCUCUCAUUGUCCAGAUAGAUUUGCAUCCAAGGCAACAGUUUAUAAUCUACCUGUCAUCUUCACACAUGAAAGAGAACACAUUAAAUGGAUUUCUGUUAUGCUGUGUGCAACUAAAAGUUGUUCAAAGUGAAUAUUCUAUGGUCCUCUGGACAGUCCCCUGACUCUAUUGUCUGUUAUUGUUUGUAUGUCCUGUAACAAGUUUUUAUGAUACUUUGUGAAUUUCAGCAGGUUCAUAUACCAUGUUGUAAAGACACUAGGUCCCAUUUUAUGGGAACCAAUCCCUAAAAUUCUGUGAAAUUUAACUGUUCAGUAUAUGUCACUAAACACAGAGAAAAACCACUGGGCAGUUUGAGUCAAACGUUUAUGUUGUAACUAUUGUUGUGUAACUGUGGGUUACAACAUAUAUCUCUCUUUCUCUCUCUAUAGGGAGUAGAUUUCACUAAUCAUCUGGGCUAUGAGGUUCUGAUACAGAGACUAUGUGAUGGCAGGCGGAUGUGCAAAGAUGUGGAGGAACUGCUGAAGAUGAGGUAGGGUUUCUCUGACGUCAUUAAAACUUCAUACAAAACACAUGCAGGGAUGGUCAGCAGUGAUUGCAUACUGAAUCGGAAUGUUCAUAUAACUCAAAGACUGGUCUACACUCUACAAGACACAGAGCUUUUAAGUCUGCCUGUCUGCCUGUCUGCCUGUCUGCCUGUCUGCCUGUCUGCCUGUCUGUCUGCCUGUCUGUCUGUCUGUCUGUCUGUCUGUCUGUCUGUCUGUCUGUCUGUCUGUCUGUCUGUCUGUCUGUCUGUCUGUCCUGUCUGUCUGUCUGCUGCCUGUCUGCUGUCUGUCUGUCUGUCUGUCUGUCUGUCUGUCUGUCUGUCUGUCUGUCUGCCUGCCUGUCUGCCUGUCUGUCUGUCUGUCUGUCUGUCUGUCUGUCUGUCUGUCUGUCUGUCUGUCUGUCUGUCUGUCUGUCUGCCUGCCUGUCUGCCUGUCUGUCUGUCUGUCUGUCUGUCUGUCUACAGGGCCAUGGCAGAGGAGAGAUAUGGGAAGGACCUGGUGACAAUAUCCCGUAAAGCUGGGGGGCAGACAGAGAUCAGGUAAAUGGCUGGUUACAUACAUAUAUAGAGCAACUCCAUUAAUACCUACUAUGCAUAAGUUAGCCAAAAUGCAGUCAUAACAGAUCAAAAUAACAUUGGGGGGACGUUGGCCCAAAUCAAAUGUCAAAUGUAAUGUUCUUUUUUUUUCUUUACAAACAUUACCAUAACCUGGCAUGGCGUGCUUGCCACUUGCUUAUACCACAGCCACUUCACAGGCAAUAGAAUGGGUAGCCAAUACAAUAAUAUAGGGGUAUUGUUAGAAGACAGAAUGCUCAAUCUUAACUCAAUAGAGUCCAAUGAUAGCAUAAUAAUGAUAGAGUCAGGUUCAGUAGUGGCACACAAUGCCAUUGAGUCACGCAUGCUAGCCCUCGGUGGAAUCUGUGCCAUCAGAGAGAGAGAGAGAGAGAGAGAGAGAGAGAGAGGAGAGAGAGAGAGAGAGAGAGAGAGAGAGAGAGAGAGAGAGAGAGAGAGAGAGAGAGAGAGAGAGAGAGACAGAGAGAGAGAGAGAGAGAGAGCAACUACCUGUUAUUGAUAAAUGCAUCAUUCUUAUUUUUUCAGCACUCUGAAAGCCUCCUUUGAUCAACUUAAAACACGUAAGUUUGUCCUGUCUACUGCAUCUCUCCAGAACAAAGCCCAAUGACAAUAUACUAAAAUAACUGUUUCCUUUGACAGAAAUUGAAAACAUCGGGAAUCUGCAUAUCCAGCUAUCCGGAAUGUUACGGGAAGAGGUCAAGAAGAUGGAAAUAUUCAGAGAGAGGCAGAAAGAUCAGAGGAAAAAGGUUUGAAAUGUGUCAUUGAGUGCUUAUUUCAUUUAGAAAAUACAUUUAAAAAACCUCUAUUUCUGAGUUGCUAGCUGUUGUUUGUCCUCGUUCAGUUUGAGGGGAUUAUGGAGAAAGUUCAGAAGAUGAAGGUGUCCUUAUACAAGAAGACCAUGGAGGUAGGCAUUCUAUUUACUAAGUCCAGGGGUACAUACACAGAGGGUAAUAUAACAGUCUGAAAGUUGAAAGUUGUAAGGGACUUUAGCCAAAUGCUUAGAAUAAUGGUAUCUAGAACUUAAGGGUGCUUCGGAUGUCCCCGUAGGAGACAGGUGGCAGGUAGCCUAGCGGUUAAGAGUGUUGGGCCAGUAACCGAAAGGUCACUGGUUUGAACCUCAGAGCAGACGAGGUGAAAAAUCUGUCUACGUGCCCUUGAGGCAAGGCACUUAACCAAAAUUGCUCCUGUAAGUCGCUCUGAAUAAGAGCGACUGUGAAAUGAGAACCCUUUUGGGUUCAAUGUAGAACCCUUUCCACAGAGUGUUCUACAUUGAACCCAAAAGGAUUCUAUCUGAAAACCAAAAAGGUAAAAGGUUAUCCUAUGGGGACAGCCGAAUAACCCUUUUUUCUAAGAGUGCAGUGUAAGAGUUCAUACCCAGAAAAGAGGAAGGCUGGCAUUACACACAGUAGACCUAGCUACCUCGAAGAGAGGGGUGAGCUACCCAAGAGAGAACACACAUCACAGUGCAAUUCUGCAAGAGGAAGAGGGUAGGAAACAGAAUAUAGACCCACACACCCACACACCAACCACAGACUUUGGCCCUGUUAUGGUGGGGAACUGGUAGGAUAGCACAGGCCUCAGAAAUGAACAUUUUGGUCUGCAUCUAUACUGAUCUCACCUCUCAUAGUCCCAUGAUCUAUGCUCAAUUAUAAACCGGGUGAUCCAAGCCCUGAAGGCUGGUAUAUCAAACCGUAUACCACGGGUAUGACAAAAACAUAUAUUUUUACUGUUCUAAUUAUGUUGGUAAGCAGUUUAUUAUAUAUCAAUAAGGCACCUCUGGGAUUUGUGGUAUAUGUUAAGGGGCUAUAUUCAAGGCACUUCGCAUUACUUUGUGCAUAAGAACAGACCUUGGCUGUGGUAUAUUGGCCACAUACCACAUCCACUCGGGCCUUUUUGCUUAAAUAUACAUAAACUUGGGCCUAUUUCUGUGAGUAUCAUUACAGUAUCAUACUGAACAUCCUGUGUAACACCAUGUAUAUAACCCUAUUCUCUAUGAGAGCAUUUACAUACCGAAUAGAUGCGCUACAUUAGUAGGCUACUCUGUAGUGAGACAAGUGGCAAGAGCCAAUGGCAGAGUGAGAGAAAUGGAGCGAAAGCGGUGAAGACUGAUCAUCCUGUACAAGAAAAUACAUCAACCAAUCUGAAGCCAGCAAUACAGUACCAGUCAAAGGUUUGGACACACCUACUCAUUCAAGGGUUUUUCUUUAUUUUUACUAUUUUCUACAUUGUAGAAUAAUAGUGAAGACAUCAAAACUAUGAAAUAACACAUAUGGAAUCAUGUAGUAACCAAAAAAGUGUUAAACAAUCUUCAAAUAGCCACCCUUUGCCUUGAUGACAGCUUUUCACACUCUUGGUAUUCUCUCAACCAGUUUCACCUGGAAUGCUUUUCCAACAGUCUUGAAGGAGUUCCCACAUAUGCUGAGCACCUUUUGGCUGCUUUUCCUUCACUCUGCCGUCCAACUCAUCCCAAACCACCUCAAUUGAGGUCGGGGGAUUGUGGAGGCCAGGUCAUCUGAUGCAGCACUCCAUCACUCUCCUUCUUGGUAAAAUAGCCCUUACACAGCCUGGAGGUGUGUUGUGUCAUUGUCCUGUUGAAAAACAAAUGAUAGUCCCACUAAGCCCAAACCAGAUGGGAUGGCGUAUCACUGCAGAAUGCUCUGGUAGCCAUGCUGGUUAAGUGUGCCUUGAAUUCUAAAUAAAUCACAGACAGUGUCACCAGCAAAGCACCCCAACACCAUAACACCUCCUCCUCCAUGCUUUACGGUGAGAAAUACACAUGCGGAGAUCAUCCAUUCACCAACACCGCAUCUCACAAAGAAACGGCGGUUGGAACCAAAAAUCUCAAAUUUGGACUCCAGACCAAAGGACAAAUUUCCACUGGUCUAAUGUCCAUUGCUAUUAUUUCUUGGCCCAAGCAGGUCUCUUCUUAUUAUUGGUGUCCUUUAGCAGUGGUUUCUUUGCAGCAAUUCGACCAUGAAAGCCUGAUUCACACAGUCCCCUCUGAACAGUUGAUGUUGAGAUGUGUCUGUGACUUGAACUCUGUGAAGCAUUUAUUUGGGCUGCAAUUUCUGAGGCUGGUAACUCUAUUGAAGUUAUCCUCUGCAGCAGAGGUAACUCUGGGUAUUCCAUUCCUGUGGUGGUCCUCAUAUGUUUCAUCAUAGCGCUUGAUGGUUUUUGCAACUGCACUUGAAGAAUCUUUCAAUGUUCUUGAAAGUUUCUGGAUUGACUGAUCUUCAUGUCUUAAAGUAAUGAUGGACUGUCAUUUCUCUUUACUUAUUUGAGCUGUUCUUGCCAUAAUAUGGACUUGGUCUUUUACCAAAUAGGGCUAUCUUCUGUAUACCCGCCCUACCUUGUCACAACACAACUGAUUGGCUCAAACGCAUUAAGAAGGAAAGAAACUCCACAAAUUAACUUUUAAGAAGGCACACUUGUUAAUUGAAAUGCAUUCCAGGUGACUACCUCACGAAGAUGGUUGAGAGAAUGCCAAGAGUGUGCAAAGCUGUCAUCAAGGCAAAGGGUGGCUACUUUGAAGAAUCUAAAAUCUUAAAUAUGUUUUGAUUUGUUUAACACUUUUUUGGUUACUACAUGAUUCCAUAUGUGUUAUUUUGUCUUCACUAUUAUUCUACAAUGUAGAAAAUAGCAAAAAUAACAACAAAACUUGAAUGAGUAGAUGUGUCCAAACUUUUGACUGGUAGUGUACAUAUGGACCUAAAUGUUUGCUUAAACUGCUAAGUAAGGAUUGAACCAUUCGCCAUGAUGACAUUGCAUACAGUUGCAUACAGUUUUACAGAGAUACACCAUUGCUAGAGGUUGUAUUGAUUGUUACAUAAAACAUAUGACACAACAGACCACUGUGGCUGCUUCAAUGAUGAUUCCCUGCAUGUCUCUUCUGUCCAUCUCCAGUCUAAGAAGUCCUAUGAGCAGAAAUGUAAAGAAGCAGACGAGGCAGAGCAGGUUGCUGACAGGAGCACCACAGCCACAGCCCCCAAGCAGUCUGAGAAGGUAACACCACCUCCCCAAACCCUGGAACUAUACCCACACACACAGCCCCCAACCAGUCUGAGAAGGUAACACCACCUCCCCAAACCCUGGAACUAUACCCACACACACAGCCCCCAACCAGUCUGAGAAGGUAACACCACCUCCCCAAACCCUGGAACUAUACCCACACACACAGCCCCCAACCAGUCUGAGAAGGUAACACCACCUCCCCAAACCCUGGAAUUAUACCCACACACACAGCCCCCAACCAGUCUGAGAAGGUAACACCACCUCCCCAAACCUGGAACUAUACCCACACACACAGCCCCCAACCAGUCUGAGAAGGUAACACCACCUCCCCAAACCCUGGAACUAUACCCACACACACAGCCCCCAACCAGUCUGAGAAGGGACUGUAUCACCAUGCCAUCCCUGGAACUACACACACACAGCCACAACACCAAACCAGUCAGAGAAGGUGACACCACUGCGAACCCUGCAAUUAUACACAUGUAAUACACCUAGUUAUUCAGCACAUUUGGAAAGUAUUCACACCCCUUCCCUUUUUCCACAUUUUGUUACGUUACAGCCUUAAUCUAAAAUUGAUUAAAUUUGUUAAAAUCCUCAUCAGUCUCUACACAUUACCCCAUAAUGACAAAGCGAAAACAGGUUUUUAGAUAAAAUAAAAUAAAAAACAGAAAUACCUUAUUUACAUAAGUAUUCAGACCCUUUAAUAUGAGACUCGAAAUUGAUCUCAGGCGCAUCCUGUUUCUAUUGAUUAUCCUUGAGAUGUUUCUACAACUUGAUUGGAGUCCACCUGUGGUCAAUUUAAUUGAUUGGACAUGAUUUGGAAAGGCACACACCUGUCUAUAUAAGGUCCCACAGUUGACAGUGCAUGUCAGAGCAGAAACCAAGCCAUGAGGUCAAAGGAAUUGUCCGUAGCACUCUGAGACAGGAUUGUGUCGAGGCACAGAUCUGGGGAAGGGUACCAAAAAAUGUCUGCAGCAUUGAAGAUCCCCAAGAACAUAGUGGCCUCCAUCAUUCUUACAUUUGUUUGGAACCACCAAGACUCUUCUUAGAGCUGGCCGCUCGGCCAAACUGAGCAAUCGAGGGAGAAGGGCCUUGGUCAGGGAGAUGACCAAUAACCCAAUGGUCACUCUGACAGAGCUCUAGAGUUCCUCUGUGGAGAUGGGAGAACCUUUCAGAAGGACAACCAUCUCUGCAGCACUCCACCAAUCAGGCCUUUAUGGUAGAGUGGCCAGACGGAGCCACUCCUCAGUAAAAGGCACAUGACUGCCCGUUUGGAGUUUGCCGAAAGGCACGUAAAGACUCUCAGACUAUGAGAAACAAGAUUAUCUGGUCUGAUGAAACCAAGAUUGAACUCUUUGGCCUGAAUACCAAGUGUCACGUCUGGAGGAAACCUGGCACCAUCCCUACGGUGAAGCAUGGUGGUGGCACCAUCAUGCUGUGGGGAUGUUUUUCAGCGGCAGGGACUAGGAGACUAGUCAGGAUCGAGGGAAAGAUUAACGGAACAAAGUACAGAGAGAUCCUUGAUGAAAACCUGCUCCAGAGCGCUCAGGACCUCAGACUGACACUAAGCACACAGCCAAGACAAUGCAUUAGUGGCUUCGGGACAAGUCUCUGAAUGUCCUUGAGUGGCCCAGCCAGAGCCCGGACUUGAACCCGAUCGAACAUCUCUGGAGAGACCUGAAAAUAACUUUGCAGCGACGCUCCCCAUCCAACCUGACAGAGCUUGAGAGGAUCUGCAGAGGAGAAUGGGAGAAACUCCCCAAAUACAGGUGUGCCACGCUUGUAGCGUCAUACCCAAGAAGACUCGAGGCUGUAAUCGCUGCCAAAGGUGCUAUAACAAAAUACUGAGUAAAGGGUCUGAAUACUAAUGUAAAUGUAAUAUUUCAGUUUUGUUUUAUUUGAUACAUUUGCAAGAAUGUCUAACAACCUGUUUUUGUUUUGUCAUUAUGGGGUAUUGUGUGUAGGUUGAUGAAAAAAUUAUAAUAAUACGGCUGUAACGUAACAAAAUGUGGACAAAGCCUGAAUACUUUCCGAAUGCACUGUUGUUCUACUGCAACUCAAUUUGUCAGUAUCAGAGAAGGCUAUGAAACUGUUCCCUUUAUUACUGUUUUCCUACUACAAGUAAACCAGCGGUAUAGUGGAGGAAAACACAAGGAAACGCAGUCUACCCACUUUUUUAUUUUGCCCAACAGUUCAUCCACCUUUUGCAGAAAUAUGCAUUGAAAAAAUAGGAAGUGUUACUUUUUUCACCACGACCGGCGAUCAGUUUACCCACCUCUUUUUUUUUUUUACUACAUCACUGAAGUAAACUAGACUGGUUCUGUGAGUCUAUGAGUUGGUUAUAAUGCAAGGCAUUUACAAUGUAAUGCCCACUGAAAUGAUUGCAAUUGCUGGAAUUGACUUGUCUAUUUCUUAGAAAUGUUUGUUCCGUGUGCGUUCUGAAAAUGGAGAUCUGUAGAGGAACAGAGAGUCAGGAGCGUAAACGGAGCACAUCCUGAUAUUUUCUUCUAAAGGAGAACUGUCUGUUUUAUUGUUUUGUUUAGCAGUCACGUUUUGAUUCAGAGCUUUAAUCCUCUACUGCUCGUCUUCCUCAGGUACAACACAAGGCCAAGCAAUGCAGGCAAGCCGCCACUGAAGCAGGUCUGAACCAUACCAUACAAUAUACUGUACUUUUCUUUGUUUGUGAUGAUAUCAAUGGAUGAAUGAAUCAAUGAAUCUGUAAAUCCAUUAUGAAUUUAUUAUCAUUGAUCUGAUUAUUGAAAAAACAUCAAUUUAUUAUUGUAAUCCAAGUAAAGAAGACUGCUUAGGAUGCAAUAAAUGUAAAGUAUUCCCUAACCUCUAUUGUCCUCCACCUGUACAGAGAAACAAUACAUGUUGAACAUAGAGCAGAUGGAGAGAGUUCGUCAGGACUGGGAGGGAACACACAAGAGCACAUGUGAGGUUAGAGCUCUCUGUUACACAGCCACAACUUUUCACAUUUCACCAACCCACUACUGUUACUAACCCAACUACGGCCUCACACCACAGCACACCACGCCCCCUUCUGCUGUAUGUCUGAGUAGGCCUAUAUUUCUCAGCAUAACACCCCCCCUAUGGGGACAGCCGAAGAACCCUUUUGUAACCCUUUUUUCUAAGAGUGUAGGUCAGAGUAUGUAAUUCACAAUCAAGCGUAGUGCCUCUCAAAGCACAAUAUUGAACGUUACCGAGUGAGUACGUAAGCCUGAUAUGCCUUAUGAAUCAGCUAUUACAGUAGCUUGUAAAGUUAUUUAGAGCCUGGUUAUGCCUGGUUAGCCACCUUAAUGUGUGCAGUCACUUUUGAGCGAGAUUGUAUACUGAACAAAAAUAUAAACGCAACAUGCAACAAUUUCAGUGAUUUUACGGAGUUACAGUUCAUAUUAGGAAAUCAGUCAAUUGAAAUAAAUAAAUUAGGCCCAGAUAUAUUUUUUUUAAAAGGGCAUCACAAUGGGCCUGAGGAUCUCGUCACGGUAUAUUUGUGCAUUCAAAUUGCCAUCAAUAAAAUGCAAUUGUGUUCGUUGUCCCUAGCUUAUGCCUGCUCAUACCAUAACCCCACCGACACCAUGAGGUACUCUACUCUUUUCACAACGUUGACAUCAGAAAACUGCUCGCCCACACGACGCCAUACACGUGGUCUGUUGUUUAUGAGGCCGGUCGGACGUACUGCCAAAUUCUCUAAAACAACGUUAGAGUUGGCUUAUGGUUCUCUGGCAAGCAUGCCAAUUGCACGCUCCCUCAAAACUUGAGACAACUGUGGCAUUGUGUUGUGUGACAAAACGACACGUUUUAGAGUGGCCUUUUAUUGUCCCCAGCACAAGGUGCACCUGUGUCAUGAUCGAUGCUGUUUAAUCAUCUUCUUGAUAUGCCACACCUGGCAGGUGGAUGGAUUAUCUUGGCAAAGGAGAAAUGCUCACUAACAGGGAUGUAAACAAAUUUGUGCUCACAAUUAGAGUGAAAUACGCUUUUUGUGUGUAUGGAAAAUUUCUGGGAUCUUUUAUUGUAGCUCAUGAAACAUGGGACCAACACUUUACGUUGCGUUUAUAUUUUUGUUCAGUGUGUAACUCCGUAAAAUCAAUGAAAUUGUUGUAUGUUGCGUUUAUAUUUUUGUUCAGUAUAUAUAGGGAUAGAUGAUGAAGGGUUUGUACUGAAUGUGUGUCUCUGCUGUUCCAGGUGUUUCAGCAGCAGGAGGGGGACCGCAUCACUAUCCUGAGGUGUGCCCUCUGGGACCACUGUAAUCACUUCUCUAUGCAAUGUGUCAAAGACGACGAGGUGAGCUCAACAAUGACCACACUUCAGACAAUAACCAAAUGGUUUAUGGAUGGGUCCAUGAACUACUGUCUACAUGAAACUCUAUUAGUACCACUUCUACACUGCCUAACAUGCAAUUUAUCUGGUGAUCAACCAAAAUGGAUCUUAUUUGUCGACCCAUUAUCAUUUUAAAUCAUUGAAGCCUCUUCGAAGACUGAGCAUGAAUAUGAGAAACAUUUUUUUGUAGUUUUACGAGGAGGUGAGGAAUAUUCUGGAGACGUGUGACAUCACAGCAGAUAACAACUGUUUCAUAGAGUUGAAGACAACAGGUUCAAGUCCACCAGGUAAGAGCUCACUGAAUACAGGAACAGAGCGUGAAGGGCCAGGGGUGCUGUCAACAUUGGCACCAAUGGCAAACACUUCUUAGAGUAACUGUAACGGGUUUGUACUCUAUGUGUGUCUCUGCUGUUCUAGUGUAACAGUUCCUCUGAAUAACAUAUUUUACGCUAUACACCCUCUCUAUUGGCUAUCCUUAAUUUCUGUGGACUUCCUUCCUCAUCUCUCUAGACCCCGUUGUGUUUGAGAACUACUAUGAGAGGGAGCCAUCGCCAAUGGGUGACAACAACGGCGGCGCUCACUGCGGAGGGGGAGGGGUCAGGAAAAGGUCAGUUAGCAGAACCUGGGACUCGUAGGGGCAGUUUCCUGAAGACAGAUUAAGCCUAGUCCUGGACUACAAAUCAAGCUCAAUGGAGAAUCUCCAUUGACAGUGCUUUUUAAUUGAGGACUAGGCUUCAUUGUGUCCAGGAAACCACCACAUAGUGUUUCUGCUAAACAAGCUCUAACACUUUGUAACACUGGAAUAACAGUUGAAUGCAUAGGAAUUCUAAUAUGCACAUUGUAUCACUAUAUUCACAUAGCUAUAUGUCAUCAACACAUUCAUAUAUAUUUGAGAAUGUGACAUGAAAUGUAUUUUUGCAGGUUCUCCAAUCUUCUGCCACGAAACUCUGGUUCAAAGAUGAGUAUCAGUGAGGCUUCAACUUCCCAGCCAGCAGCGCCACCUAGUGAUCAAACAGUACCUGAGAGUUCAGAUGGAGUGUAUGCGUCCAUACCUGGCUUCCAGUCUGCAGCUGCAGCGGCCCUGCCUGCAGUGACAACCGAUGAGAAUGAUGAUGAUGAUACCUUCAUGGUGUUCUAUGACUACUCUGCACAGGUGAAACCUGCACACAUGGUUACAGAUGUCAAGUUACAGGUGAAACCUGCACACAUGGUUACAGGUGUGAAGUUACAGGUGUGAAGUUACAGGUGAAACCUGCACACACGGUUACAGGUGUCAAGUUACAAGUGUGAAGUUACAGGUGAAACCUGCACACACGGUUACAGGUGUCAAGUUACAGGUGAAACCUGCACAAACGGUUACAGGUGUCAAGUUACAGACGUCAUUACAGAACUCUGUGAUGCGUCUGACAUUAUGAAAUAUCACUAUAUAACUAGUUCAAAUAUUGAUGGCUCAUGUUUACAUAAGCUUUUCCACUGAUCUGUAUUAUACUGUAUGUAUGUACUGUAUAUGAGCCAUACAGUAAUUAAAAGCCUCAUACUUAUAUUACUAACACUGUGUUCCCUGUGCUCCCAGGACCCAGAUGAGCUGUCAGUGUCUAAAGGGGAUGUGGUGGUGGUGAUAGAACAGAGUGAAGACGGCUGGUGGACAGUGGAGAGAAACGGACAGGUUGGGCUGGUACCUGGCUCCUACCUGGCCAAAGUAUAGACAUAGUCACACACACAUUCAUGCAUGGACACACACACGCGCACACACACACAUACUCAUGCACAAUCACACAUACAUAC